UCAUGGUGACUACCUGGAAAAGUCUCUGCAAAUGCCUUGCUAGCAUUUUCAGACGUGACUUGCCAUUUCCUCCUUCCUAGGGUUGAGAGAGACCCAAGGUUACUGAGCUGAUUUUAUGCCUAAAGAACUUCCACAUUUCUGGAAAUUGCCUUUCCAAGAUUACGUUCUGACAAGCCUCUCAGACUGGAAAGACCAUCUUAAAAAGGGCAUAAUUGCUAACAGAGAUGAAUUUGUCCAACCAUCCCAACAUGUUAGACUCUAACUUCACAGCCCUUGGGAGCAACUUCGCCACUCCCACCACCGGAACCAAUCCAUCAACAUGUGACCAAGUGGUUAUAGCAGCUGAAGUGUUUCUCAUGCUUGGCAUUGUUAGCCUUCUUGAAAACAUUCUUGUCAUCUGUGCUAUAUUUAAGAACAAGAACCUGCACUCUCCUAUGUAUUUCUUUGUAUGUAGCUUAGCGGUUGCUGACAUGUUGGUCAGUGUGUCAAAUGCCUGGGAGACGAUAACUAUAUAUUUGCUAAACAAUAGGCAUCUUAUUAUUGAAGAUGUUUUUGUACGUCACAUAGAUAAUGUUUUUGAUUCAAUGAUCUGCAUAUCUGUGGUGGCUUCCAUGUGCAGUUUGCUAGCUAUCGCCGUUGACAGGUACAUCACCAUCUUUUAUGCCCUCCGUUAUCAUAAUAUCAUGACUGUGAGAAGAUCGGGACUCAUCAUUGCAUGCAUAUGGAUUUUCUGCACUGGCUGUGGAAUCAUCUUCAUCCUUUAUUAUGAAUCAAAGUACGUAAUUAUAUGUCUCAUCACCAUGUUUUUCAUCAUGUUGUUCCUCAUGGUUUCUCUCUACAUACACAUGUUUCUUUUGGCUCGUACUCAUGUUAAGAGGAUAGCAGCUUUGCCAGGAUAUAAUUCUGUCCAUCAAAGGACUAGCAUGAAAGGAGCUAUCACUUUGACAAUACUACUGGGCAUCUUCAUUGUAUGCUGGGCUCCCUUUUUCCUCCACCUCAUUCUGAUGAUCUCCUGCCCUCAGAACCUCUACUGUGUUUGCUUCAUGUCUCACUUCAAUAUGUACCUCAUUCUCAUAAUGUGCAAUUCAGUGAUUGAUCCCUUGAUCUAUGCUUUUCGGAGCCAGGAAAUGUGGAAGACUUUUAAGGAGAUCAUAUGCUGCUAUAGCAUGAACUGCGGAUUGCCCAGCAAGUAUUAGAAAACAGAUACAGAUCACUGUAAGAACUUUUAAGAAAUAACACUUAGCCUAAAUGCAGUUACCGCAAAAGCUCAUUCGGUGGUGCUUAUUUGUGAGUAAACAUGCAUAGGAUUGUCUGUUAGUUUACAAAUUAAAUUAUUGAUUUCAUAUUGUUCCUUAUGAACUGCUGCACUUCUAACUUGUGAUCCUUGUUGACAGCCUGUGUGGGAAAUGAGCAUUUUUUUUCUAUUUGUAUUGCCAUUUUUGGAUGACUUUAUCUUCCUUCAGCAAACAUGAAUAUAUGUGUUAAUUAUUUAUAGAGAUACAAACAGUUGUUUGGUUUGGUGGGCAUAUAUAGUAAAUUGUCUUCGUAUCUCUAGCAAUCCAGAUAAGUCUUUUAAACAACCAACACUUAAGAAUCACAAAAUGUCUUUGCUGAACUCUAUGUACAAAUGCAAUUUGCAUAUAAUUUAUAAAGAACUUAGUU